AUGCGCGUCCCCAUCGCCCCGUCGAGCCUCUCGAAGGCUACUCGGCGGCAGUUGAAGGCCAAUGCGACAGCUGGUCCGCCCGUGGCUGUCCCCUCACCUGCGUUUUCUCUCCCGCCGACGCCGGCCAGCCGCGCGCUCUCGUCUCCGCUGCUCUUCACGCCGCCAGGCAGGUUGCCGUCGGGCGGCUGCUUGGCCUACGACUCCUCGACGGGUCCAGGCUGUUCUGUUUUCGGCGAGCUGCGUUUGCGUGUGUUGCCGUCCUCAUGCAACGGCCUGCUGCAAAGAAACCGCUUCUUCAGUGUCACGCCGCCGCCCGUGUACAACGGCGCAACUCAAUUCCGAGAGGACGAACCGGCUCGGUACCCACCCCAAGAGGUCGGCUACGAGGCCUCCUCGUAUGGAGUGAACCCAAGGGCGCCGUACGCUGCGCCUGGGACGGCAUACGACGCGGCGGGCGCGGGGACGUACGGCUACGCGGGCGCACCCGCGCAGACUGUGCCAGGCUACCCGCCCUACGGCGCCCAAGGGUAUGGGGCCGUGGCCCCUGGUGCCCCGUACGGCUCUGCAGGAACUCCGGGGUACUACCCACCCCAGGGGGCUCCCCACUUCUCCGAGGAGACAGGCUACUGGCCGGAGGGCCAGGCGGGGGCCCAGCAAGCCGAGGGCUACUGGGGCGACGACCAGCGCCACGUGCCCGCGCAAGGGUAUCCUGGGCAAGUGCCUGGGUACGCCCCGGCCCCGGGGGCCUAUCCGCCCUCGACUCCCUACCCGAUGCACGGCGCCCCAGGCGGGGUCGGCAGCCCCCAGAUGCCCCAGUACCCCGCGGCGCCUGGGUUUCCCGACCAGGGCCAGUACUCCGCGCCCUACGCGCCCGCUGGGGCCCCAGGGGGCUACGGCGGGUUCGGCGCUGCGCCGGCGAUCCAGCCUUCUUACUACAGCCCGCCCCACACGCAGGCCCCGGGAGGCCAAGCCACCCAGGGCGACGAGUCUGCGCGGUUCCAGGAGCGCAUGAUGGAGCUCCUCCAGAGGCGGCUCGGCCACAAGGCCUGGCUGUACGAGUCGGCGCUGAAGAAAGGCGGACCCGAGGCGCUGCUGCGUCUGGCGAACGACCCGGAGGUGCUGUUGCAUGCGCGGUCGAUCGACUUUGUCUACGUCCUCACGCGGUUCCACCACGCGUUCCGUCUGAACCGCCUGGUGACGGCCGGCGGGGCCGAGUCUGGGGCCCUCGGGGACCGGGACCAGGCCGAGACGAGCGCAGAGGACGGGAAAGAAGAGCGCGUGGUGAUGACGAAGGAGUCCGAGAGGAUCCUCGAGGAACUCGUCAAGUUCAUCAACAACAUCCGCAUCGCCUUCAAACGCCGCGACGCGCGGUCGGAGGUGGGAGUGCAGCCCUUCAGACAGACGUCUGCGGAGAAGCGAGAAGGCGACGACGCGCAGAAAAUCGGAAAGGGGUACCUGCUGGACAGAGCGCGAGUGUUUCAUCUCCUCGCGGCCUUGACCCUGCCAGAGUGCGCGGCUGCUCGGGCCGUCUCGCGCUCGAAACUGUACCAGAAAGUGGCUCUGCCGUUCUGUGCGAUCGCCUCGGAAGAAGCCUCCGUCAUGUACGACCUGGACAUCACUCGCGUGCGGGGAGGCGUCGUCGCAACCAUGGAGCUUCUCCGCCUUGUGGGGUUCACUGGGCGGAUCAGCCACUUCCAGCACUUGAUUCUCGAAGACGUUGCGACUGGCCCGGAUACCGCGAGCCUGGCGCCCACGCAGGGAAACGAAGCAGCCGAGACGGGAGAAGGCGACGCAGACGCGAACGCAAAAACGCGGGAGGAGCUGGCCCUCCGACGCGUCGCCGUCGAAAAAGAAGACAGCCAACGGAUCUGGGAAAAACUCGCGCAAGUCUACAUCGCCGCGAUGGAUCAGGUCAGGCUGGAGCACCUGCUUCCCGCGUUCACCGGCGUCUCCGUCCUCUUUGAGAAAGACAUGAUCACACGAGCGACCUUCCUCCAAACUGUCUCCGAAUUGGGCCAGAGGAUGGUGGUUCCGAACGCCUUCGGACAGAACGAAGCUCGGGGAGGCGCGGCGAUCCAGCUUCUCUUGGAGCAGUGCACAAACAGCAUGCGGUGCCAGCAGCAGAAUCAGCGUCUCGGCUUUAGCUCGCUCCGGGCUCUCGCGCGAAUCAUGCGAGAGACGCGAUCGGAUGUGGUUAUUCGCUGCCUCGCCUCUCUGUCGUUGCUUCGUUGCCUCCGUGAAGAGAAUUUGGGAUUCUUCAGUUCUGUUCUUCUUAAGCGACACUACCGGCAAGACGUCGCUGCACGACAGUUGUCGCCCAGGACACUGUCGGCCUUGAUCUUCACGCAUGCAAUGACAAGUUCACGUGCCGACAUUCACGCCGUCGAGUUGACGAAAGUCCUGACUUCGAUGAUGGGCACCGUCGAAAGGGAGCGCGUGCUCAGCACCGAGGACAAAUGCAAACUCGCCUGGGCGAUCUGCGCACUCCGUCUGUACAGCCGAGAGGAGUCCGGCGGCCAGUGGGACGAGAAGGUCGUCGCGCGUCUUCUUUGUCGCCUCAUGGAACAGACAAAGGACACCAGCGGGAAACUUUGCUGCUUCUUCCUGGAAGCCGCGCGAGAGUGCCGAGACGUCGUGGACGAGAUGCAUCCUGGACAAGGCUUCAAGGACUUUUUCCCGGCAGAGAGACUCGAGAAGGUGGUGCACGACUACGAUCGCUUCGGGUACUACGCGAUGAAGGCCGAUGUGGCCUUACUCCGCCGCGCUCUCCUCACUGCAGGGGCUGUGGUCAGAGUGUCGGCAGACCGCCAGAGCAGUCAGGAGAAGGCGUCGCUGUCUUUGGGCGAAGCUGAAGACGCCAAAGAGGCUGGCGAGGCCGAGACGAAGCAGGUGCCGGAAUCAGAGAGCGAGAACGCCGGCGACAGUCUGGGAGCUCAGGGCAUCGCUGGAAGUGUUUGGGAAGAAGGCGCCCUGCUCGAUGGAUACCCCGUCGCGUUCUACUGUCCCGAACGGAAGAUCGCCGCGGAUAUCGACCGUCCUGCGCGCUUGCCGCCAAAGUACAUGAAAAUGCGACACAUGAAGAACUACCUCGACGAGCAUGGCAUUCGCUAUGUCAUUUACAGCGAAGAGCUCCGACACCAUAAUGAGGAUACGUUUUCUGGCUUUUUGAACAUCAUCCAGAAUCCAGAGGACCCGCGGUCCACUCUGGCUGCCGUCCCCAAGCAGGUGCGCGAGAUGUGGACGAAGCGCUCCGGGGCCGCGCGGGGGACCAGCGACGCUGCAGAGAGCUCCCCCGCUUCAGAGGAGUGA